CGCUAGCGAGUGGAGAGGUACAGCGAGGCUGGCAGAACAGGUCCCGAAGAGAGACAACCGCACAACCACAAAGUGUUUCGGACAAAGCGCGCAAGUCAGGAUUUUCCGUGUGCGUGGGCGUGGGCGUGGGCGUGGGCGUGUGUUGACCACCAGAUAGCAGCGUGUAGGCUGUCCCAUUCUCAACUGGCGCUCCGGGGAACCGGCAGAGGACAGCUCGCAAAACUCACACUAUAAGCGAUGUCACUGCUUUGUGUUGGGGUGAAAAAAGCCAAGCUUGAUGGUCCCCAAGACAAGUUUAACACAUAUGUAAGUCUGAAGGUGCAGAAUGUUAAAAGCACGACAAUCGCAGUACGGGGAAGCCAGCCCAGCUGGGAGCAGGACUUCAUGUUUGAGAUUAACAGGCUUGAUCUGGGCCUGACUGCAGAGUUGUGGAAUAAAGGUCUGAUCUGGGACACCAUGGUUGGCACCGUCUGGAUCCCACUCCAGAGCAUCCGUCAAUCAAGAGAGGAGGGCCCGGGGGAGUGGCUAACUCUGGACUCCCAGGUGAUCAUGGCGGAUAAUGAGAUUUGCGGCACCAAAGAUCCAACAUUCCACCGCGUGCUGCUCGACACACGCUUUGAACUGCCUCUGGAUAUACCUGAGGAAGAGGCUCGAUAUUGGGCUAAGAAACUGGAACAGCUGAAUGCCAUGCGGGACCAGGAGUACUCAUACCAGGAGGAGCAGGAGAGGCCCCUUCCUGUUCCUGGGACCCAGUGUUGUAACUGGAAUCUAUGGGGAGACCAGCAGAAUGAAGACCCAGACAGUGCGGUGGACGACCGUGACAGCGACUAUCGCAGCGAGGCGAGCAAUAGCAUCCCUCCGCCGUACUACACCACGUCCCAGCCCAACGCCUCCGUCCACCAGUACCCCAUGGGCCAGCAGCAAGGCCCCACCUGCAACACCUACACCCGCUCCAUCAACAGCUGCCACCUCAACUACGAGCAGCAGAGAGUGAUCAGUCCGACAGGCAGCUACGCUUCCUCGGCAGAGCUGAGCCACGGUAGUUCCCAGCUGAGUGAGGAGUACGGCGAGCGGGAGCUGUACGACGAGAACGACUCUUACCACUCGUGCCACUCCUCUGUCUCCUACAGCAAGGGCUCCCCCGACUGGGACCCGGAUGAGACGGUGGGCACCUAUAGCGACGAGGGCGGCUACAGCAAGGAUGGCGGUGAGGAGUGUGCGUUGUACGAGGCGAGCGAUGGGGACCCCAACACCGAUGACCGGUACGAGGCCGAGGAGGAGGAGGAGGACUUCAACUACGAGGACGAGGACCCGUACCCAGCCGAGGAGGCGCUCAGCGAUGACCAGGAGCCCCCGCACACCCCGACCCCGACCCCGAACGGUGGGACGCCCGCACCGGGCGUGCCGACCGUCGCCAGGCCCCUGCCGGAGAAACGGCCCUCCCAGGAGUUGCAGGUGGCCCAGCUGACAGCACAACAGACGCCGCCGCCGCAGGGUCAGGAUGCCAGCCUCCCUCCUGGCCAGGCACCAGCGCAACCUGCUGCCCAGGCUCCAGGCAAGGCCCCAAGCCAGUGGGGCCCCAGGCAGAACCCCCCGCUACUGUCACAGCAGUCUUCGGGCCCUCUCCCAUCUGUGCAGUCCUUCUUCGCCAUGGCCAAGCCCCUAACUGCUGUGUUUGGGUUGGGUGGCUCCGCCCCUGCGCAGCCUACCGCCUCCGUGCCCCACCCACAGCAGCCGCGGCCACACCCACAGCCCCCCGCCCCUUCAACCCCGGCUCCCGUUGCCCCGCCUCCUGCUCCCGGAGCACCCGAUGCCCCUCCGGCCCUGGCCGAAGAUUCCGAAUGCCCAACCCAGACCCAGGAGACCCAGUCCCAACUCCCAGGCCUCGCAGCUGAGCCCCCCAGAAUGGCAGAAGAGCCAAAGAUCCCCGAGGAGCUGCCCAUGGAAGAUCAGCCCCCUUUAGAGAAGGAUGAGCUCCCUUUGGAAGAACUUCCUCUGGAGGAAGAGGAGCGACAGAGUGCACCUUCCUCUCCGACUGCAGAGGAGAAGGAGCAAGUGUUGGAACCAGAAAGUGAACCGGUGCCCGAGGAGGUGAAGGAGCCCGUGGACCCAGCGGUGCGAGCCAAGGAGAAUUGGCUCCGACUCUUUGGCAAGGUCCGGCAGCAGCUGCAGGAGGCACGGGGAGAAACUGACUCUCAGUCUCUAUGGUUUGGAAAGGGAGGGAUGGGAGGAGCUCUGUACAGCAUAGACAGCAUGCCUGACCUACGCAAGAGGAAAGCCAUCCCAUUGGUCAGGGACCUGGCCAUGUCUUUGGUGCAGAACUCUCGCAAGGCUGGAAUCACAUCUGCUAUGGCAUGUAGCACACUCAACAAUGAGGAACUGAAGAGUCACGUGUAUAAGAAGACGCUGCAAGCUCUGAUCUACCCCAUCUCGUGCACCACGCCCCACAACUUCGAGGUGUGGACGGCCACCACGCCCACCUACUGCUACGAGUGUGAGGGGCUGCUGUGGGGCAUUGCCCGGCAGGGCAUGCGCUGCACCGAGUGCGGGGUCAAAUGUCACGAGAAGUGCCAGGAUCUGCUCAAUGCCGAUUGUCUGCAAAGAGCUGCUGAGAAGAGCUCCAAGCAUGGUGCAGAGGACCGCACCCAGAACAUCAUCAUGGUCCUGAAGGACCGCAUGAAGAUCCGUGAGCGCAACAAGCCAGAGAUCUUUGAACUCAUCCAAGAAGUGUUUGCUGUGGCCAAGACAAACCAUGCCACCCAGAUGAAGCAGAUCAAACAGAGCGUUCUCGACGGAACGUCUAAAUGGUCUGCUAAGAUCAGCAUCACAGUGGUCUGUGCCCAGGGGCUUCAGGCCAAGGAUAAGACUGGCUCCAGUGACCCCUAUGUCACUGUGCAGGUGGGCAAGACAAAGAAGAGGACCAAGACCAUCUACGGUAACCUGAACCCCAUCUGGGAUGAGAGCUUCCAUUUCGAGUGCCACAACUCAUCUGACCGGAUCAAAGUGCGAGUGUGGGACGAGGACGAUGACAUCAAGUCUCGUGUGAAGCAGAGGUUCAAGAGGGAGUCUGAUGACUUCUUGGGCCAGACCAUCAUCGAGGUCCGAACACUCAGCGGAGAGAUGGACGUGUGGUAUAACUUGGACAAGCGCACAGAUAAAUCGGCCGUCUCUGGAGCUAUACGCAUGCACAUCAGUGUGGAGAUCAAAGGGGAGGAGACCGUUGCGCCGUACCACGUCCAGUACACCUGCCUGCAUGAGCACCUGUUCCACUACACCACCGAGGAGCAGAACAGCGGCGUGGUGAAGAUCCCGGACGCUAAGGGAGACGACGCCUGGAAGGUGUACUUUGAGGAGACCGCGCAGGAGAUCGUGGACGAGUUCGCCAUGAGAUACGGAGUGGAAUCCAUCUAUCAGGCCAUGACGCACUUCGCAUGUCUGUCAUCCAAGUACAUGUGUCCUGGCGUACCUGCCGUGAUGAGCACCCUACUGGCUAACAUCAACGCCUACUACGCCCACACCACCCAAUCCUCCAACAACGUGUCUGCCUCCGACCGCUUCGCUGCCUCCAACUUCGGGAAAGAUCGAUUUGUAAAGCUACUGGACCAAUUGCACAACUCCCUAAGGAUCGACCUCUCCAUGUACAGGAAUAAUUUCCCUGCCAGUAGUCCUGAGAGGCUGCAGGAUCUGAAGUCUACUGUAGAUCUUCUCACCAGUAUCACCUUCUUCAGGAUGAAGGUCCAGGAGCUGCAGAGUCCUCCGCGAGCGAGUCAGGUCGUUAAGGACUGUGUGAAGGCCUGUCUGAACUCCACCUAUGAGUACAUCUUCAACAACUGCCACGAGCUCUACGGGCGAGAGUAUCAGACAGACCCGUCUAAGAAUAUCCCUCCAGAGGAGCAGGGUCCCAGCGUCAAGAACCUGGACUUCUGGUCCAAGCUCAUCACCCUUAUUGUUUCCAUUAUAGAAGAGGACAAGAACUCCUACACGCUCUGCCUCAACCAGUUUCCUCAGGAGCUGAAUGUGGGGAAGAUCAGUGCUGAGGUCAUGUGGAACAUGUUUGCUCAGGACAUGAAGUACGCCAUGGAGGAGCAUGAGAAGCACAGACUGUGUAAGAGCGCAGACUACAUGAACCUGCACUUCAAAGUCAAGUGGCUCUAUAAUGAGUACUGCAAGGAGUUGACCUGCUUUCAAGUGCAUGUGCCAGAGUACCCUACGUGGUUUGAGCCGUUUGUCAUCCUGUGGCUGGACGAGAAUGAGGAAGUGUCAAAGGACUUCCUGCAUGGUGCCCUGGCGAGGGAUGCAAAGGAUGGGUUCCAGCAGACGUCAGAGCACGCUCUGUUCUCUUGCUCCGUGGUAGAUGUUUUCUCUCAGCUGAAUCAGAGCUUUGAAAUUAUUCGUAAACUGGAGUGCCCCGACCCUCAGAUCGUCGGCAACUACAUGAAGAGAUUUGCCAAGACUAUUGGGACUGUACUUUUGUCGUAUGCUGAUAUCAUUGCCAAGGAUUUCCCCAGCCACUGUAAGAAGGAGAAAGUGCCUUGUAUCAUCAUUAACAACAUCCAGCAACUGAGGGUUCAGCUGGAGAAGAUGUUUGAGGCCAUGGGUGGCAAAGAUCUGAAUGUGGAGGCCAGCGACUUCCUGAAGGAGCUGCAGGUUAAACUCAACAACGUGAUGGAUGACCUCAGCCACAUCUUCGCUGUCAGUUUCCAGCCCCACAUUGAGGAGAGUGUGAGGCAGAUGGGAGACAUCCUGAGCCAGGUGAAGGGCGCCAACGUCCCCGCCAAUGGCAAUGGAAGUCUAACACAGGAUGCCGACAAUGUGCUCCAGCCUAUUAUGGACUUCCUGGACAGCAAUUUGACGUUGUUUGCUAAAAUCUGUGAGAAGACCGUUCUGAAGCGAGUCCUUAAAGAGCUUUGGAAACUGGUCAUAAACACCAUGGAGAAAACAAUUGUUCUCCCUCCGUUAACAGACCAAACGGGCACACAGCUCAUCUUUAAUGCUGCUAAAGAACUGGGUCAGCUGUCUAAGCUCAAGGAGCACAUGGUGCGAGAGGAGGCCAAGGCGCUCACUCCCAAACAGUGUGCAGUUAUAGAGCUAGCACUGGACACCAUAAAGCAAUACUUCCAUGCUGGUGGAGUGGGCCUAAAGAAGACGUUUCUGGAGAAGAGCCCAGACCUGCAGUCUCUGCGUUAUGCUCUCUCACUCUACACGCAAGCCACAGACAAACUCAUCAGGAAAUUCAUUCAGUCACAGCACACUCAAGUCCACGGCGGUAAAGGCGUGAGGUACAGCCCUAGCGAGGAUGUGUACCCAGAGAAAGCCUCAGGCGUGGAUGAUGCUGUGGGAGAGGUAUCCAUGACAGUGGAGCUCCUCAGUGACCCCAACACCGGAGGGCACAGAAUUAAUAUUAAAGUGGUGGCGGUCAAUGACCUGCGCUGGCAGACACAAGGCAUAUUCCGCCCCUUCGUGGAGGUGUACAUCAUUGGGCCAUACCUCAGCGACAAGAAGAGGAAGUUCGCUACCAAGUCUAAAAACAACAGCUGGUCCCCGAAAUUUGGCGAGUCUUUCCAAUUCACCCUGGGUAGCGAACUGGGGCCCGAGGGCUAUGAGCUGCACGUGUGCGUGAAAGACUACUGCUUCGCGCGCGACGACCGCACGGUGGGCGUGGCCGUGCUGCAGCUGCGCGAUGCGGUGGGCCGUGGUGGAGCCACCUGCUGGCUGCCCCUGGGCAAGCGCGUGCACAUGGACGAGACGGGCCUGACCGUGCUGCGCAUCCUCUCACAGCGCAGCAACGACGACGUGGCCAAAGAGUUUGUCAAGCUCAAGUCGGACCAGCGCUCGGCCGAGGAGGGUCGCGGGAGCUAGGGAGCUAGGGCACCCCCCCCCCGUGGCAGUGCACAGGACCGCACAGAAAAGCAACCGGAAAAACACAUGCAUGCGUACACAAACACAGCCACAGGAAACAAACUGAUGGAGGUUAGUCCAGUAAAUAAAGAUGUCCAUAUAGAUAAUAUUAGCUAAAGGUUACUGUUGUGUCUCUGUUGGUAACAUCAAUAGUGACAUAACAGAGAUUUCUUUACAAACACAAAACCAAUGAAGUCUGAUUCAAGCAAUUAAUGAUGUCAGAAAUAUAGGUAUAGCUCUUUCAUCUUUGCCUUUUUUAUUUUAAAAACAGGAACCUGGCUGUGAUGUGCUUAAAUGCCUCCACACACACACACACACACACACACACACACAAAUUCAAUAUGUCUUCUUUUUAUAUUCUAGCUUAGCUAAAAACUCAAAGCAUGUCACAAAGCUUAUAAAAAACAAAACACAAACAAACCGCCCUAUGAUUGGCUUCACAGAGUCCUUGUCCAAUCAGUAUCAGUUGGAUACUGAUUUCCAUUUGCUCUUUUUAGACACAUGCCUUUUGAAGUUGGUAACCUUGACUCAGCAGUUUGCAUCGGGUAACAUAGCUCACUUGCCGUGUGUCAACGACCCUCUGGCGGUAUGAGUCAGCAGACUGCUGUCAGAGAUCGGGAGCAGCCCGGCACUCCUUCUACACACGCGCACAGCAUGGCUGCCUGGGGUAUGCCCUCGGGCUCCCAGUUAAAACAGCUUCUGCUGCAAACGCACUCUCCAUCUCACCCUUCCUCCACCUCAGUUUAUUAUUUUAUGGCUGGAUUAUUCCAUUGUAGGAAAAAACAAACAAACAAACAAA